GCAUCCGUCGCCAUGGCAACGCCCAAGAGGCCCGGGCCUAGUCUCACUCUAGGCCGCCUCUCUUCCUGCGCUUUCCCCCGGCCCCGGGGAGCGGGAAACUUAACUCCCAGGCUCCUUCUUCAGCUUCCCCGGGGGAGGCGAGUCGCGAGCUCCGGGCUCCCCCUUCUUCCUCCUCCUCCUUUCUCCGCCUCGGGCUCCUAUGGCAACGGGCCCGCGCGUCUCCCACUUGCCUGGGCGCGGCUGGUGCAAGAGGCGGCGGCGGGCGGCGAGGCAUGAGAGCGGCGGCCGGGGAGCAACUGGAGCCGAGUCCCGGGGAGCCGGGGAGCAGCCGGAGCUACGCGGAGUACAAUGAAGCGGGGCAGCCCUGUGAGUGGGGAGGGGUCGCCGAGGGGGGACACACACAACCGCGUAGUCCCCUCCAGGGCUGGAAAGCGUGGCAACCUCUCUCGAGCCAAGGGGAGUGGGUAGGUGGGGGCAUUGCUGUCGCUGCUGCUGCUGCUGCUACCCCUCUCUUGUGCAAAAUGUUGGGGUGCUGCCCUCUCCCCUCCACCCACCCCCAUUAGAGGGAAAGGGCACCCCACCCUUUUGCAUUAGGGACUGCCUGGCACCAUUGGACCCCCUCCGCUCCAAUGCCCCUUGCCCAUGAUGUGAUGCCAUUGUUCAUUUCCCCAUAGAGAACCCACCUCCCUUGCCUCCCAAAGGGACCGCCCACCCUCUUCCCCCAGCGCAGAGAAUCCUGUCUGUUCCAGUAUUAUUAUUAUUAAUUUCAUUUGUAUACCGUCUUCCAUCUGAAGAUCCCAGGGCGGUUCACAGCAGAGAAAUACAAAAACGAGAGUACAAAAGGCAUAAUAAAAUUCUGCAGUCGACCUCCUUUGUAAUGUUUUAUUUUGAAAUCUUUUAAGAUGCUAUUUUCGUUUUCCCGUUAAUUAGGUUGCUUUGGCUGUGUACUUUUAUGUUUGACUUUCUUCAGUAGUGUUUCAUUCCGGGUUGUUCUAUUGACCUUUUAAUGUGCUGUAAACCACUUUGAGAUUUUUCUUAAAAAUACAAAGCGGUACGGUAAGAAAUGAAAUCAAGAAUAAAUGAUAAUAAUAAUAAAGCAAAAGCAAACCAACAACGCCCCCCUUCCCAUAAACGCAUUUUAAAAGCCAUAGGAAGUUAAUCGACCAAAUGCCCGGUUUAAGAGGAAGGUUUUCACUUACUGUGUUUUUUCGCCUUCCUUGUGCACGUAUCAGUCUCCCUUCCAUGGGGGCAUUGCACACCCCACAAGGGUUUAUUCCACUUGACAAAUACAUCACUAUGAGGAACUCUUUUCAGUUCCAUUCUAGAAGGGCUGGUUUCCUCCCCUUUCCUCUGCUCACCACCAAGAAUCAACAUUCAAUUCCCAAUUAUAGUCAAUUCCAUUGGAGACAUCCCAUCCCAAUGCUAUACACCCCAUCUCCUUCAAUGCAGUUUUUCCAAACAUGCUGGAGGUUUGGUUUAUCCCAUGGGGAAAUUUUCUCACUGUGAUGAACACAGACCACUUUGAGAUCUGUUGCAGCAUCGCUGACCGCCAUUUCUACUGGGAGAGUUGCCUAACCCAGCAAGCUUUCAAUCCAUCAGCUAUGGAAGCAUUCAUACGCAGGCGUUUUAACUCACCAAAGGACAACUUAACAAACACUUCAUUUACAGAAAAUCAUCUACACAUAAUCACCUUUGAGGGCUUCAUGCAUGUGUAUUCCAUUUUAUAGAUAUAUACACAUGCCUGAUAGUCAUGAUUUGCUUUUGGUUCCUUAGUUUGGGUACACCAUAUAUAGAAUACAGUGAAAUGUCACUGAACUGGAAGCAGCAACUGGCUGGGUGCCUAUACGAUAUGUGGGGCAGUGAGAUGGGUUAAUUUUACACCUGAAAGCGCGGCUGCCAGUGAGCUAUUGGGCCCAAAUGGCUCACAAAACUAUAGGUUAGCAUUUGCAAAGUUUAACUACAUUUAAGCAGUUUCAUGCCACACUUGGACAUCCUAUUACAAGGAGACUUAUGGUGAGUUCCUCUAGUGCAGGGGUGGGGAAACUCUCUUACCUGCCCCCUCCCAGAUUAACUGAUUACACUAAUCUUGGGGAGGGGCAACAAGUUGCAGUGGAAUUGAAACUUCACCUCCAAACAUGGGAGUAGCCAGGAUUUGGGGGGCGGGGAGGCAGAACCAAUGUGAUUUGUUAAGUAUUUCUAUUAUUUUACUUGAUGGGGGGGCAGCUCCCCCCUCCCCCGCUACGCCAUUCCUCCAAACAUUGGACAGACUAUUCAAGCACCCCUUUGGCUCCUGAGAUUUCAGCAGGAAUUGUUUCCUUCUGAAGCAUAACUUUACAACCUUAAAAGGUCACCAAGCUUUGGGAAAACAAAUUAAGAGCCACUGUUCUCUGAAUUCUGGGACCAUUUUCAUAUUCUGCACCUUUCCGCCACUCCCACAGCAUGGCAGUAUACGCAUAUUACCUGAUUAUCGCUCUAUGUAGCAGUUCAGAUGAAUAGUGUAUGCAGUUAAAAAGCAUUUAGUUUGUUUCAAAAACCUGUUGCAUAUACUGUAUAAUAUAAUUUUAUACAGUGCCCUCUAGUGCCCAAAAAGUGAAGAUAAGGUCCCUUUCCCAAACAAUCCGCUAUAUUAUACAGUACAGUACAUACAUAGGAAUACACUGAUUCCUAUAUGGUUAUGAAUCCUUAUAAGUGACUCUUCUGUCUGUUACCGAAGAACAACAACCUUCAAUUAAAAUUGGAAGCAUGAUGCUUCCAGCACAGUCUUAACCAGCCUACUCAGAAGUAAGUCCCACUGAACUCAUUUGGGCUUACUCCCAAGUAAGUGGGGUUAGGAUUGCAACAUUUGUUACUAUGCCCCAGAGUUCAGAGAAGCAUCACUUCUGCUUGUUGUAAAUCAUACAAUGGGAAACCUCAUCAGUCAGUCAAUGUAACGGCUUUGGAUUCUUAUGAGUCUUUAAUUAUGGAAUUAAUGUGUGGUGAUGCACACAUUGGGAGAGGGCCAUAGCUCAGUGACAGAGCUCAUGAUUUGUGCACAUAGUGCUCCAUUUUCAACCCACAAUAUCCCCAGGUAGGACUGGGAAAAACCUGUCUGAAACCAUAUUGAGGCAAUGUAGAAUACUGAUCUAGAUGAACCAGUGGUCUGAGUUACUGUCUUCACUGGUGUGUCAUGGGAAAAUAUAAAAUAGUUAGUGAUUGCAUGGAAGAUUAUUGCACUUCUCAGUAUUAUUUCCAUAUCUGCUAUAUCUUGCACCUGAGAACAGAGUACCAGAAAAGAAUAUUUAAGCUAUGGGUGCAUCAGUGACUUAAAUAAAACAUGACUGAUAUUUUUAAUAUCACAUUUUUUAAACAUUUUGUUUGUAUUUUUGAACUUUAUAUUACAAAUGAGAAUGAUUUUAAAUUUUAUUAUGUCAAAUUAGUUAAUUCUGAUACACAGUUAAGUGAAAUAAGGUGCGUAUCAUAUGGGAUUCCUUAUCCCUGUAAAUUGUCUUUAACAAAACAGGGAAGAAGUUUGUAUAUGUCGAACCACCUAGGAGAGUUAAGGAAGUGCUGGAAGAAGAGCUUUAUUUUCGGAGGGAUGAAUGCAGAAUUAAACACCCUUCAGAAGGUAAGCUCUGUGGCCGGCAAAGGUAUAAAAUAAAAAUAAAAUGAUUAAGGGAAGAAAAAUCUGAAAUGUUUAGUGGAUAAUAAGUUGUGAAAAUCUGCUGUAAAUACUGCUUAACUUGAGGAAAUAUAUAAAGUCAGAUGUUACGGGUAAAACAAAGUUCUAUUUAUUUAUCAUAUUUGUAUCUUACAAUUUUUCCAGGCAUUCAGAAUGGUGCAUGUCAUAUUAUAUAUAAGUGUGAUAUCCACCAGCACAAAGAUUUCUGCUUGGACAAUGGAAGUUCCUUUCCCUGUCCUCAUGCUACUCUGUGUCCUCCACCAAUCCUUUUUCAGAGGGUUGGGGGGGGGGGACCCAGAGCAGAUUUAGAGGAUGCACGGGUAGAGGAAAUAAUUUCUGUUGCACAUCAGAAGUCGUGGUGCUAGCGGAAGCACUUCAUUGGAGAGCUCCCAAUAUAUCUUACCUGCCUUUCACCUUAAGGUCCCAGGGUAGGUUACAACAUACAAUAAAUUCAGAGGCUCAAUACAAGAGCAAACUCUAGCAAAAGCCAGUACAUUGGCUUGCCCCAUUGACCUCAUUUAGUAACCCAACCAAGUAAGAAUCACAGAGUGGGCUUCUCCCCCCCCCCUUUUCAUAUUAAGUAUUUCAUUUAUCUUUCAGAAUGGCAGUUCUUUAACCACAUUCUCCACAACAGCUCAUUUAAAGUUUAGGGAAGCCUCAACAGAGAAAUCCAAAACAGCAGGUGGUAGUUGCAAGCUGGCUUUGGACAACUUAUAGAAGAAGAGGGCCAGACCCUAUAAAUACAGUCACCUUGGCAUGUCAUCAUUUGUAUUCCGCCUUUUUAUCAAGAAACUCAAAUCAAAAUACACAAGUUCAGUAGUGCUUUUUUCUGGGGGUUCACAGGGACACGCAUACCACUAAACAUUUUGUGAAUCUUUGUACUUUUGUCCAUUUACUGUAUUUAUUUUCCCCGAUAUGAACUAUAAAAUGGUGAUUUUCUUGAGUCAAAAUGAGAGUACCCCUAAACGUUUUUUUAGGGGGGGAAAGCACCGCACAAGUUUAUUCUUUUUAUUCUCACAAUAACCCUGCAAGGUAGAUUAAACUGAGAGAAAGAUGGGUGGGGUGGGACUUGACCACCUAGUAAACUUUAUGGCUGAUUAAGGGGUUGAAACGAAGCCUAAGGCCAAUACGCAAUUGACUAUUCCAUACUGAUUCUCUGUUAAGACAUCCCUCAUCCACUUUGAUUGACAUCUAUGUGUAUUUUGCUACUUCAUGAAUUUGCCUUAGCCGGUGGUUUUCAAAGAUGCUGCCUUGAAGGAAUGUUUUCCGUAGCUGGGAAUCCGUAUGGCUUGUGGUGGAACUUUGAACACUGCAGAGGAUCCUGUGGCAAGUUCGGUAUAUGUGGGACACUGGCCUCACAAUUCACCCAGCAUGAACCUUACAACACAAUUCCUGCUGCUCCCCAUUACAGGAGAACAUCAGCAGAUUGAGCAAGCUGUCUUUCUGAAAAGCUGCACAGCCAUUACCAAAUUCAUUUAGGAACCCUUGAAGGCUGUAAAGGAACCCCAAGGUUCCUGGGAAGCCAGUUUGAAAGCCACUAGUGUAAGCUCUAUAGUUGUUAAGUCCUCAGAGUUAUCCACCAUGUCAUACCACUGCAAAAAUGCAUGAUGAGUGGCUUAAUAUUUGCAUCUAUCACAGGCCUUGCAAUAAUAUGCAAUAUACCCAAAUUGAUCACUCUGCUCUGCUGCAGAGGGUCUCCUGCAGAUUCCAUCUAUAUGGAGGUCCAUUCCAUACAAUUUAGCAGGCACGUCCAACAUCCAUAAGGUUGCAAUCUACCAUCCAGUAUCAAAAACUGGCAGUGAUCUACCACACUCUCCCAUUGUCAUUCUUAAACUUAAACAUAUUAUAUUUGGCUGGGGAAACCCAGCCAGAUGGGCGGGGUAUCAGCACCCAUCCAGAGCUAGGAGGGAGAGGGUGUUUUCUUUCCAUGGGAACUGGCAGGAGGGGGGGAAGGGAGGGGGAUGUCAUUGUCUCUCUCACGUGCCACCCUUCCCUCAGCUCCCUGACUGGGUGCCUCCACAGCUGCAGCCCAUGCAGAGCCCACGCACCUCAUCUUCGCACACACGUACACACAAACACAGCCCAGCUCUUCCUGGGAGCUGGCAGAGCAGCCAGUUUCUCCCUUGGAGGCCGCCAGGGCAGCAUCCCUUUCACAUCCCCCCAGGAAUGCAGCAGGAAGGAGGACAGGCAAACACACACACACACACACACACACACACAGGCCAGCUGUCCUGAGAGCUGGCAGGGCAGCAUCUCUGUCCUGUCCCCCCCAGGAGCGCAGCAGUUGACCUGCGAUCGACCAUAAUCUAGCCCAGGAUCUACCAGUCGAUCCCGAUCAACCUGUUGUACAUGCCUGCAAUAUAGGAACAGCAUUUAGGAAGGUGGAAGCUACCCUUUGGAGCUAUCUCCCACUGCACACUAGACAGGCGUCAGCUCUGUUGUCUUUUCAGGACCUACUGAAGAUCUUCCUUUUACAACAAGUGGAGGGUGUGUUUUUUAUCCCAGUGUGUAUCUGUAUUGGAUUGGAAAUUUAUUAUAUAUAUGGGAUGCUUUGUAAGCAUUUUUACAUACAGAGUUGUGGUUUUUUUAAAUUGUUUGGGUAUAUUAACUUGUUUUUUACAUAUGGACUUGUUUUUAUUAUGAAACUGCUCGGAGAUAUUUUAUGGCAAGCCACCCAUAAAUGGAAUCGAAUCAAUAAUGCAAGGUUCCUUCCAGACCUACAGUUGCACGAUUAUGUUUCGUCAGCCAGUGGUUUGUACAAAUAUUUCGGUCCGUGGGUAUUAAUUGCUUUCCCUCCUACCUAAAAAUAUAGAAGGUCAGCUUGGAACCCAACUGACAAUAAUGCUCUUCAUAUAUUUUGAACAGCGGCUCUGGAAGGAAUUUGGAGCUUGAAAAGGAAUUUCCCAGUGGGAGGCUUCAAGCCGGCAUCACAGAAUCCAAGUAGCUUGCUUUCACAGCCCAAGUACUACUCCAGACAUGCCGUAAUAAGAAGUAAGAAUGAAAUAUCUGGGGGCUGCAUCGUGCAUCAGUAAACAACUCUGACUUUCAAAACAUUCACCUGGGAUUGUCCGUCUUGGUGUGUGAAUCCCAGCAUCCAUCAGCUUUUGAAAAGUCACAUAAAAAAUUUUUUAAGGAAAGAAAAAUACCAGCAUCCUGUUUGUUCUUCACCUUUCCUUCAAGGCGCUGUAUGUUUCCCCCCCAUUUUAUCCUCAGAGCAAUCUUGUGAAGUAGACUAGGCUGAGAGAGAGCGAAAGCAAGAAAACAUCCCCCAAGGCUAUCUUGUAAAACUUCACGGCUGCGUGAAACCUAGGAUUGUAUGGUUGUGGUAGGGUAGCGCUCUGCCCGUUAGACACCAUACUAGUUGCUCUUUAGAUCUUCAGAUUUGCAACUCUGCUUUAAGAUUGCUACUCCUGACUUGCAAUGUGGCUUGCAGUGUUUUUAGUCUGGUUUUGCUCCUUGAGAUCAGGGAUGGGCAGUUGCUGAGGUGCUAGUUCAGUUCAUGCACUUUGCAAGGGAAAAUUAUCGUAGUGUAUAAGUAGGGCUGCCGGUUCUUGCACAACUCUACAAACACAACACAUAGGCUAAUAGUUAGUAGAGAAUAUAUAAUAGAAUAAUGAUAUCAUUCAGAUUGUAGGAAUAAGCCAAUCAAAGUUCAUAUGUACAAUAUAACAGAGUGGUAGCGAGGACUGCCAAGCCGUGUGUUCAAAACAGAUGUCUACUACUGAAACAGUAGUAUCAUUCCGGAGACUCUGUCCUUUUGAAACUUUUGAGACAUCUUCUGUUGAAACUUUUGAAAGACUAUUGUGAGACUGUCCUUAGACAUCUGUUUUGAACACACGACUUGACAGUCCUCGCUACCACUCUUAUAUUGUACAUAUGAACUUUGAUUGGCUUAUUCUUACAAUUUGAAUAAUAUCAUUAUUCUAUUAUAUAUUCUCUACUAACUGUUAGCCUACGUGUUGUGUUUGUAUUGUUGUGGUUGGUUCUUACUGCAACACAGGGGUUUGUUUUUGGUUCUCACACAACUGCGGAGCAUUAGGGGGAUGGAGUCUAGCUGUCCAGGCUCACAGAAGAGAUGGCUGUUGCUGCAGCAGGAGAAAGUGCACCCAUCCCCAGUAUCAAGCCAAUAAAAUGCAGCCUAGAAACUCUUGCAGGGACAAUUAAAAUACUCCUGAGGGCAAAUAAAAUUUUCAAAUGUAAAAGAAUAACUUAACAGGGCCACGGGCAGCACCGCCCUGCUUUGGGAACUUGCAAUUACAAUCUCAACUCCUGGUUAAGAGUAUACCACCAAUAAAGUCAACAAGAUUACUCCAAAAUAAAUGGCCAUAUUUAUUUCCUUACAUAUACAUCCCACCUUCCUUCUAUCGCUCAAGGCAGCAUACCGGCAAUCCAGAUAUUCUGCUCUUCUCCCAAGCAGCUCAGGCCAGCACACUUCAUUAUCUUCCACAUUUAAUAUCCUCGCAACAACCCUGUGAGGUAGUUUAGGUUGUUUUUAUAUUAGCUUUCUCAUUUCCCCCCCCCCCGCCAAAGAAUCCUACCUUCCAUAAACAUCUGCAAUUUUCCUUAAACUUGUGAACCUACAACUUCAUUUGUUUGAGUGCACAAGAUUUCGCACACAUUUGCACACUUCAAGCUGUUUUUACCCUUGUCGAUUAAAAAUGUUAAAUAAUUUGUGCCCCUCUCCAACUGAAUGGAUUCAACUUCUGUAGCUGAGAGGCACCUCAGGUAAGUUUCCACCCCCAUUUUAAAAAUAAUUGUCUGCUUCCUCACACUCAGUGAGGUCAUGUUAUAUAAAAAAAAUUGCAUAUAUAGUUCAUGACACCUUUUUAUUAACAAAAAGAAAGAAAACUUGAUUGGAGACUGCCCUGUGUUAGGUGGCUAACAAAAUGAAUAAAUAAAAGUACAUAUAAGUGGAAAUGCCUCACCAAUAAAACAUUUACUAAUCUCUGUUUUCAUCCUUUCCCCCUCCUGCAGGAUAGCCCCUGUGAAAAGCAGUGUUGAUGGAAGUGACAGGAACUAGGCAAAUUCACAGCUGCUAUUUUUAUUCAAAUGCUGAGUACUAUAUUCUAGAACUUGUAUCAUAGAAUGUAAAAUAAACUUUUCAACCAUGCAUCAGUCA